ACUCAGGAAGCGCCGCGCUCCCCGCCCGCCGCCGGUGCCCGCUGUCCCGGAGGCCAAGCAACGCAGACGGACCUGGGGCCUGGCAUGGCGGAUCCGGGCGACAGCCCGCGUGCGGGGCCUGGGGAGGCGGGCGAGCCCCCCGGGGAUGAAAGCGGCACCGCUGGUGGGGAAGCCUUCCCCCUCUCCUCGCUGGCCAACCUGUUUGAGGGGGAGGAUGGCUCUCCGGGACCCUCGCCUGCUGAUGCCGGCCGACCCGCUGGCCCGGGUGACGCACGGCCCAACCUGCGCAUGAAGUUCCAGGGUGCCUUCCGCAAAGGGGUGCCCAACCCCAUCGACCUGCUGGAGUCCACCCUGUAUGAGUCCUCAGUGGCGCCGGCACCCAAGAAGGCCCCCAUGGACUCACUGUUUGACUAUGGUACCUAUCGUCACCACCCCAGUGACAACAGGCGCUGGAGGAGGAAGGUUGUAGAGAAGCAGCCACAGGGCCCCAAGGCUCCCGCGCCCCAGCCACCCCUGGUCCUCAAAGUCUUCAACCGGCCCAUCCUCUUUGACAUCGUGUCCCGGGGCUGCACCGCCGACCUGGAUGGCCUGCUCCCCUUUCUGCUGACUCAGAAGAAGCGCCUGACUGAUGAGGAGUUCCGGGAGCCGUCCACGGGGAAGACCUGCCUGCCCAAGGCCCUGCUGAACCUGAGCAAUGGCCGCAAUGAUACCAUCCCCGUACUCCUGGACAUCGCCGAGCGGACCGGCAACAUGCGCGAGUUCAUCAACUCGCCCUUCCGCGACAUCUACUACCGAGGCCAGACCGCCCUGCACAUUGCCAUUGAGCGCCGCUGCAAGCAUUACGUGGAGCUCCUGGUGGCCCAAGGGGCCGACGUCCACGCCCAGGCCCGCGGGCGCUUCUUUCAGCCCAAAGAUGAGGGCGGUUACUUCUACUUUGGGGAGCUGCCCCUGUCGCUGGCCGCCUGCACCAACCAACCUCACAUCGUCAACUACCUGACGGAGAACCCGCACAAGAAGGCCGACAUGCGGCGGCAGGACUCGCGUGGGAACACCGUCCUGCACGCGCUGGUGGCCAUCGCCGACAACACCCGCGAGAACACCAAGUUCGUCACCAAGAUGUAUGACCUGCUGCUGCUCAAGUGUGCCCGCCUCUUCCCGGACAGCAACCUGGAGGCCGUGCUCAACAACGAUGGCCUCUCGCCCCUCAUGAUGGCCGCCAAGACGGGCAAGAUCGGGGUCUUCCAGCACAUCAUCCGCCGGGAGGUGACAGAUGAGGACACGCGGCACCUGUCGCGCAAGUUCAAGGACUGGGCCUACGGCCCCGUGUACUCCUCGCUGUACGACCUCUCCUCCUUGGACACGUGUGGCGAGGAGGCCUCGGUGCUGGAGAUCCUGGUGUACAACGGCAAGAUCGAGAACCGCCACGAGAUGCUGGCCGUGGAGCCCAUCAAUGAACUGCUGUGGGACAAGUGGCGCAAGUUCGGGGCCGUCUCCUUCUACAUCAACGUGGUCUCCUACCUGUGUGCCAUGGUCAUCUUCACGCUCACCGCCUACUACCAGCCAUUGCAGGGCACUCCACCAUACCCUUACCACACCACGGUGGACUACCUGCGGCUGGCUGGCGAGGUUAUCACCCUGCUUACUGGACUCCUAUUCUUUCUCACCAGCAUCAAAGAUUUGUUCACCAAGAAAUGCCCAGGGGUGAACUCUCUCUUCAUCGAUGGCUCCUUCCAGCUGCUCUACUUCAUCUACUCCGUGCUGGUCAUCGUCUCGGCGGCUCUCUACCUGGCGGGGCUCGAGGCCUACCUGGCUGUGAUGGUGUUUGCGCUGGUGCUGGGUUGGAUGAACGCAUUGUACUUCACCCGUGGGCUGAAGCUCACCGGCACUUACAGCAUCAUGAUCCAGAAGAUCCUCUUCAAAGACCUCUUCCGCUUCCUGCUCGUCUACCUGCUCUUCAUGAUCGGCUAUGCCUCAGCGCUGGUCUCCCUGCUGACGCCAUGCGCCAACCUGAAGGUGUGCGAUGAGGCGCAAGGCAACUGCACGGUGCCCACGUACCCGGCGUGCCGCGACAGUGAGACCUUCAGCACCUUCCUGCUGGACCUCUUCAAGCUCACCAUCGGCAUGGGCGACCUGGAGAUGCUGGGCAGCGCCAAGUACCCCGUGGUCUUCAUCAUCCUGCUGGUCACCUACAUCAUCCUCACCUUCGUGCUGCUGCUCAACAUGCUCAUCGCCCUCAUGGGCGAGACCGUGGGCCAGGUGUCCAAGGAGAGCAAGCACAUCUGGAAACUGCAGUGGGCCACCACCAUCCUCGACAUUGAGCGCUCCUUCCCCGUGUUCCUGCGGAAGGCUUUCCGCUCCGGGGAAAUGGUGACCGUGGGCAAGAGCUCGGAUGGCAGCCCGGACCGCAGAUGGUGUUUCCGGGUGGACGAGGUGAACUGGUCUCACUGGAACCAGAACUUGGGUAUUAUCAAUGAGGACCCGGGCAAGAACGAGACAUACCAGUAUUAUGGCUUGUCGCACACCGUGGGCCGCCUCCGGAGGGAUCGCUGGUCCUCGGUGGUACCCCGUGUGGUGGAACUGAAGAACAACUCGAACCCCGACGAGGUGGUGGUACCUCUUGCGCACUUGGGGAACCCCAGCUGCCCCGGGCACCCGCAGAGUUACUCCCCACAAGUGGCGAACUGACAGUGUCACCCCCAGUCCAGGGGCUGUGGGCAGGGCCCGGUCUCCCAUCUGCAGCCUGACCCAGCCCCUUUACCUGCCUGUCC